UUAAUAGAGCUUAGAAGAAGUUUUUUUGUGUGUGUUUCAAAGUCAAAAAUGAAUGAUCUGAGAGAUACUUUUAAUAACUUGUGUUCAGCAACAACAAAUACACACACAUAAGGGAGUGUUUUCACAACUGACCUAUAGAUGAUGGACAUUAGACAGAUUGGUAAGGUUUCAAUAUUAUCAUAAGUAUCCAGUAACACCAAAUUUAUUCUGAAAGUGUGUUUGAGCUCCUUCUUUUCCCAAAAAGUGAAUACAACAUAUGCACUGUUAAUCUACAGAUGUACAUGAGGGCCCAGUUUGACUAUGACCCUGCCAAGGAUGACCUCAUCCCCUGCAAAGAAGCAGGGCUGAAGUUUCAAACUGGCGACAUCAUUCAGAUCAUCAACAAGCAGGAUCCCAACUGGUGGCAGGGCAGAGUGGAGAGCGGCGUUGCUGACUUCGCUGGACUGAUCCCCUCUCCAGAGCUCCAAGAAUGGAGGGCGGCAAGUAAAAGCAAAGCCAGAGAGGGCAGUCAGUCCUGCAGCCCAUUUGGAAAGAAAAAGAAGUGCAAAGACAAGUACCUGGCUAAACACAGCUCCAUUUUUGACCAGCUGGAUGUGAUUUCUUAUGAAGAGGUUGUUCGGCUGCCGGCUUUUACAAGGAAAACACUGGUGCUUAUAGGUAAGCUCACUUACAUAGUUUAUUAGUGA